AUGAGUGCUGAUGCUGCUCCGAAGAAGGACAUUCAGCCGCGCCAGGGUCACCCACAACCUGGCACAUCUACAAAUAAUCCGGACACAGAAGCGGUGGAGUGGAAAGAAGUCACCAAACGCGGGGCGAUCAAAAAGCCCCCCAAAGCAACUCCAAAUUCAACUACCAAGAAGAAGACCGACGUGGAGGUCUUGUUCCGGAGGCGAGCUCCUAGGACGGAAGCUGUGACAAUUGCAGACGGGGAAACAUACGCCAGCGUGAUGAGACUCACGACCAGCUGCAUCGAUAAGCAAGAACACGGAAUCCAAAUCGGGAAAGUUCGGCGCACCAAAAAGCUAUUCUUAUGGAGGUCAGCGGAAAAGAGGCGGUCGAUAAGCCAUCCACCCUCCUUUGUGAAACCCUUGGCCAAAGAGCGAAAGUCAGCAGACCCAGAAGAACGACUCCAGUCCUGA